AUGGAGAAUUCGCCAAAUGACAGUGUCGUCCUCAUCCCUCUUCAGCUCCAAGCCUUUGUUCUCAACGACAAAGUCGCCAACGAAGCGGACGACAAGAACUCUCGUAUAAUCCCCAUCACGCAGCCAAACUACACUUUCCUCCGCCUGGACAACUUUCUCAUCCAGAGUGAUGUUCUUGGGCACUCCGACCUACACAAUGCCGCACCUGCUGCGACGAACAUGCGCCUUACGGACCUGGGCGACCAGCCUCACCCAACUCCGCGCCGUAACAGAUAUGGCGUCUAUCUCCACUGGAUUCUCCCAGACAUGUAUAGGUCUGGAGUGGUAGCUGCCGACUCCGUUGAUGAGAAACGGCACGACAAGGAGCGUGAAAGACUUGGUCUCCCCCCGAGGACAGAACCACCCAGCAAGGACAGCGGCGACAAAAAGAACUCAGACACGCCAGAGUAUCUGCAGCCCCCUACGCGGUGGAUCAUCAUCCGAAGGCUCCACAUGGACUCGGUCAAGGAGGAAUUGAAGAAAUACUUCAACGAGUACGAGGCUUGGGUGCUGGAGAGUGACUACAAGUGGGAUCUUGACGAUAUCCCUGUCACGUUUGAUCUUCAGACCGAUGUUAGCCCCUUUGUAGUUGGGCAGAAAGGCGAAGGGGUGGAUAUCGAGCAACAGGCUGAGGUCUUUAUCGGAAGGAAGACCCCCUUGGCUGAUUAUCAGCCUGGCAAUCAGAAUUCCUACACGGACAUCAGUCUUCUCAAGAGCGGCAACAUGUUCUUUGCGGAUUUCCAGCUCCACAACGCGAAUGUCUUUAGCAUUGUCGACAAUUUCAAGUACCUCGAUGAAGAUGAUAAGAAGAAGCUCGCAAGGGGAGAUGAUGGUGCACCUCCGCCAAAGCCAUCAGAAGGACACUACCUCGAUUCCGCUACGGCAGACUACUACCUCGUUGGCUGGCACUCCACUGAUAGCACUGACCCCUUGUUUGACAAGAAUGGAAAGUUCACUCAUGAGGAUAAGCUCAAAGCUAUUUACAUGGAGCUGAAGGACACUGGCACGAGUGAGGUCGAGACAUUCCUCACCGAUACAUCCGCUGUUAGGAUGUGUCUCCACGGUGCUUUGUACGAUGUCCGCUGGGACAUGAAUACCAAGCCUGAAAUGCCUUCUGAUAAGUUCUCGGUAACACUUCAGGAUGACUCAUUGCCGUCCACGGCGAUAGGAACAUCACCUAUGGACGCUUUGAUCACCUAUAUUACCGCGAGGCGGCACAAGGAGAAAGACAAGGAUGUUGAGAGGUUGGAGGAGGACAUUCUCGCCAUUGACUCUUUGCUCCAUGCCAGGGAUGACGGUGUAGAGGGACAGCGCGAAGCGAAAGACAUGGUCUACAACUGGAACUUCGGCCGCGUUCAGGGUGGCAAGCAUUAUUUCAUUGCUGGUCAAGACUCCAAGGGCAAGCCCACCCAGCCAGACCCCAAGGCCGUCGAGCUGCUUGCCGAAUUGAACAUCAAUCAGCAGCUCGUUGAUGCCUGUGCGCGCUCUGCAGAGCAGUACAGGUGGGACAUGUUCUCUAUUUGGUGGAAGUACGUCACGGAUCAAACAAAUUUUGCCAAUCGGAACAAUGAUCCGUAUGUGCGUCAGACGAACGAUUUGGCAGAAAAGUUGAGCAAGUUGGAAGACCGCAUGAAGGAAUUGGAUACGACAAUGCAAGAAAUCAAGAAGAAAAUGAAGGAAAGCAGUCUGCUGGAGGACUUGAAGACGAGCACGCUUCCUUUUUACUUUCAGCAUCGAGACCCGACGGUUUUACUUGGGGGGGUUGAGUCCGGUUGGCCUUCUGACUUCAAUGACAGUGGGACGGCGAGGUUGUCUUCACAAUGUGUUACGAAGACGGCCGUCCCGGGGGACAUCAGCAACUUGGCAGCACAGGUGACGACGAAAUUCCCCGGACAAUCUGCCUUGAGCGCCGUUGAGACGUUGCUGAAAGAGUUCUGGACACUUAUGCCGAGCAACACCGCAGACGAUGCCGCUGCUGAGAAAGAUCACGCAUUCCCCCAGUUUCAUGACAAGCUCUCUGCAACUAAUGACAACAAGUACUGGAGAGAUCGAUGGGAGAAUCGUCAGCCUUGGUUCCCGCUCUACGUUGAAUGGGCCGUGGAGUAUACUCACAUUCCCUUUGAGUACUGGGAUCUGAGCGGCCAGGCAGUUCGCCUUUCCGCCCCUGAGAAGAUCAGAUACGGCGUUCCAGGUGUCGAUGCAGACGGAAAGCCCGCAACGCCGCUCUGGGAGAAGAUGAAGUCUGGCACACCAGCUGCCGCGGGCGAUACGUGUCUCCUCUCCGGCCGGGUUCUCAUCCUUCCCCAGCCGAGCUUCUCCUUGGCGGCGAAGGUGAAUCAGCUGUUUGACAAUACACCGCCCUCCAUCUUGAAGGAGCACCUUGAUGAUGACGAGAGGACCUGGGUACAGCAACACUUGUCCAAACUACCUUUCCUCUCCUGUCCUCUGAAUGGCUUCACUGAAGGCUUGCUCACUCUGUCAGCGGGGACACACAUCAAACCAGAGAACAAGUUCAUCACGAGUGAUGGUCUGCAGAGCACUACUGCGAUUAAGGCGGCCGAGUUCCCUCUGGCGGGCUUGACAAACGAACGCAUCCAAAUGAUUCAGAACAACUCCGCAUUGACGCCCUACUCGGUGCAGAAUGACUACACAAAAAAGGACUUCUGCCCUUUCAAACCCGUAACUCAUGGGCAGUUCAGGUUCACCAAGUUCAAUGUGAUUGACAAGUUUGGACAAGCCCUUGUCGCCAUCGACCCCAAGCCACUCGCUGGUCCUCGUCAACACCCUCCCAUCUAUCCCGCCAUCAGCGACUUUUACGAACCUCAGACCGUCACAGUCAACGGCAAGACUCACGCCAACACUGUUUUGCAAAACGAAGGGCCCAAGUGCGAGUUCAUGCAGCUACCGCCCCAGAUCAACCAAGCUGCGCGUCUCAACGCAGACUUUGUCAUCCGCCAGCGACACCUAGAUGAUGAAGGCAAAGAAAUUCCUCCCAAGCCCGAUACCGUCUCUUCCUACUGGCGCCCUGUGGACGAGUGGGAGAAUCCCAUCUGGGGCUGGCUUGUGAUCAACUACGCGGAUCAAGGCAUCCAAAUCUUCCUCGCCGAUGGCACUUUUUAUCGCGAAGUUCGUGUCGGGGGCCGGGAUGGCGCCAUAGCUGAACCCAGAUGGCUCCCAUUCGCCUACGACGACAACAUUCCCGAGCCCGGGGCCGGGGACUCCAACGAGAAAAAAGCCCCCGCGGUCAAGGACAACAGACAACUCGACGAGCUCGUCGAGAAGAUGAAAAAUGCCAACUACCUCCGCGGAUUAUGGAUCAUGAUCUCGACCGCCAUCAAGAACAUGCCCCCCUCACCCAGCGCCUACUCCCAGUUCCUCGGCUCCAUCGUCGGCAAGCCACUCGCCCUCGUCAACAUGGGCAUCUCCCUGGAAUUAGAGAAACCCGCCCUCGUAAACCAGAGCACAAAAACCAGCGUCGCGAGCGCCACUCCCGAGCGCUAUCUCCUUGCCCAGGAUGCUCGUCCUCCCGCACCUAGCUACGAAUUCCAAAUCAAGCUCGGCGACAAGGCCCGCGAGGCCGACGGCUUAGUGGGCUACUUCAAGACCAUUGCCGAACCCACCGUCGAAGACAACGAGAAGGAGCUUGUCCUCAACAACGUCUACACUUACUUCUUCAACGAGGACAACAAAAAGCCUGCUCCCCCUUCCGGGAUCGAGAAUCUCAUUCCGAUGGACAACACACCCGACACCUCCUACCCGAAGCUCAAACCAUUCUGGGUAGCCCCAUUUCCGCACUCUGGCGGGCACUACGACGGGCCGUACCUCUCCCCACAACAAUACCGCGACCUUCGAAACAAAGAAAUGAAGGUUUACGGCGCUAUACUAGACCCAUUCACGCCCGUCCAUGCGUUUUCCUCCUUUUUGCCUGCCAAAUCCCUGCAGCUGCCGUCUUGGACCUGGCAGGAUGCCAUGCAGAAUAUGGUUGCUUUCUUCCAUGCUGGUCCGUUGAAUGUUGUCAAGGACGUGGGCGAGUUCAGCAAGGAUCGUCGAUUGACGACCAAGUCUAUGAAGAAUGCUCCGAAGAGAAAUGUUGCUAUUCCGUCGUUGGGCGUUGGGGAUUGGAAUUGGCUGCAGCCGUUUGAUAUUGAAGGGGAUGAAUUUCCUAGUUAUAAUGCUUAUGGGAUUGAGAGGAAGGGGAAUGUUAUGGCACCUGGGUUUGAAAAGGCGCCGUAUACGGCUAUUGAGGGGUUUUUGCAGUUGCGGAGGCCGAUUAUGGUGGAGAAGCCGGAGGAUGACACCAAGGCAGAGGGGACGAGGACAUGA